CACUAAUCCUAACCUCCAGCCCUUCCCUUACGCCAGUCGCCUUCCCCGGCCUUGCCCUUCCCGCCAUUACCCCUUCCCUAGCACUGUCCAGCUUGCAUCUCUCCAUCGCUCACGGUAGGACACGCCCACCACCCUAUCCCGUUUGCCGAGGAACAGCAGACAAGCACGCGGCAUCAAAUACCUAUUAGCUUGCUUUGAAACAGCAAGAGCUGCUGCUGUCAUCUGUUUCCGGACACUAUAUAGUUAUACGUCCCUUACGUACCCACCAUCUAUUAACUCUUCAACAGCCCGUCACGCUUCGGCUCACAUUAUCUGCUUAGCUCACCGCCGAUCGCAUCAGGCGCCUAGACGAUGUCCCAGUUUCAGAACGAUUUCCCUGCCCCUUCUUCGCCUGAUUCAGCUCCCAAAUCGGGGGCCGGUGCGGCUGAUGCGAGACCACAACGUUCUCGCGACGGGUGUUUGACCUGCCGGAGCAGGAAAGUCAAGUGUGGAGAGCAACGUCCAAUAUGCGACAGAUGUCGUAUCAAGUCUCGCGAGUGUGUUUGGCCAUCGGAAGAUGAAGCUGAAAGGCGAAGAAAUAAGAAACGCAAGGCUUCAGGUGCGAGAGCUCCGUAUGGAUCAAGCUAUUAUGGUUCGAUGUAUUCCGACCAGGAUGAAACAUCUCCAGUGCAUCUGCCAGCCGUGUCCGUGCCCGUAGAAAUGCGGCGACCGCCAAAGCAUGCUAUCAAAGGCACUGUUCAUGUUCCCCCCAAUUUCCUUCCACCAGAAGCAAUGGCAGGCCAGCAAGUGGACGCAAAAGGAAAACAGAAAUUGAAAGAUGAGAGACGGGAUGAACUUGUGGACUGGCUAGUCCCCGAAAAGCUAAGGGCGGAAAUGAUGAUGGAACCCACCUUUUUGCAACCGUAUUUUCGCACUGUCGAUGAGCGACUAGUGAUGCGUCAUUAUAUCUCGAAAACAGUGCAUAUCAUUAUUGCGUUCGAAUCCGACCAUCGGCCUUGGAACCCUUGGCUCAGCAUUCACGCUCCUCUAGCAUUCCAACAUCUGCCAGGUACCAAACCGGCUGCCGAUGCCCUUCGGGCGGCCAUCCUUGCAGUCGGCGGCGUACACUUACAGUACAGCAAUAGCCCAGACGACCGAAGUGCAGCAUAUAGAAUAACCAAGAGUGCUAAGGUUCAGGUACUCAAGCUGGUGAAAGAAACAUUGCAGUCUCCGGAUGGACGGCCGAGACAACUGACUAAAGAGGAUAUAGAGUUGGUGUUGGCUUCUUUGCUAAGCUGCACCAUUGCAAGCAGUCUUGCUGCAGAUGACUCGUGGCAUCACCUCUUAUCAUCGGUUCUUGGUCUCAUCGACCAGCUUGGUGGAGCCCACCACAUCCUUCGUGAUGCUCCUCGUGAUCGCCUCUCACCCUAUCGGUUCUUUAUGGAGCAGCUCGCUAUCCGCGACGUGUUUGGCUGCAUGACCACAGAGUUAGCGCCUUCAAUUCUGCAGGAUGCCUUCACUCCAUGGUUUUUUGAAGCUGAAAGCUGGUCAAGGACAGAUGUAGAAUGGGAGAGUGUCGAAAGAAUGUUUGGUAUUUCAAGAGGGAUGGUCGACAUGAUUGCAAGAGUGUGUACACUUAUCGCUGCCGUUCGCACUCGCGGUCGACCUAUUUUUAUGGAUCCAGACGACUCCCCCAGUCUUUUACCGACUGAUCCGAAUCCAUCUGCACCUCCCAGCAAUCUUACAGAACUUCAGCUGGCAGCCCAAAACCUGAUGGCUGAAAUCCGUGUAUGGGACGAAGCUGAGAACUUUACACCUUUGCACCCGCGUACCCAGUACGGAAACCUAGCCUACAGGCAUGCUAUCAAGAUACGAAUGCUCCGAAAAGUUUAUGAUGUUCCAAGUGAUGACGAAAGAGUAGCAAGCAGUGCAGAGUCCAUUAUUGAGUUGGCCGCAGAAAUGCUAGCCUUCUACGGCAAGAUCACAUGGUUAACAUGGCCGAUCGUGAUUGCUGGGUUUGAGAUUCCUCGUGGGCAUCCCUCUCGUCAAACGGCCCUUGGGAUGCUUGGAGCGUUUGGACCUCAUGCUUGCUUUGACAAUCGCGCAGGUGCGCGCAUACUGUCUGAUUAUUGGAUGUGGCACGAUAUGGAUGGCGAUCAUGCUACAUCGUGGGAAAUGGCCAACAUACUCAAUCAACGACCUUUCUUGGAUUAGUUUUCUUGGCUUAGUAUCAUUCAAAUAGCUCAACGUGACGUUUUGGCCUUUUGGUUUGUUUCUGGUAUUGCGGCAUUCACUACUGGCGCGGCAUUUCGACUUAGGGUUCGAGUAUAUCAUGCAUUUUCUCCA